AUGGCGACAAAAACAAGGUCAAAAAAUCACCAGGGGAAGGAAAACGACGAAAUUUCAUCAUUGAAACCGGUGAGUGCAAACAAUAAAUGGUCUCAGAAUGAUGACAACAAAGCUGCGAAAGAACAAACGGCGUCCUCGAUAACUUCACCUUCUACAAUAAUUAAUCCAGUUCUUCAAGAAAUUAACGUGAACAAUACACUCAGUACGUCUAGUAAUGUUGAAUCAAUGACCCAAUCCAACCAAACGAAAUAUUACAUUUCACCCCUGCACUCUGAUGAGAGUGAUUUUGAUGAUUCCGACUGUGACCCUCAUUUUAUUCCUGGUUCAACCAGUAAAGCUCCGAGUUUACAUCGAAGUGGUGCGACAAAAUCGUCAUGUAGUUCUUCGUCAAGUAGCUCUUCUUCCAGUAGCUCUUCAUCAAGUAGCUCAGAUCAGGAAGCAGAGAAUUCCUUAAGUUCCGUUGCAUCAACUAGUAGAUCAGCAAUUCCAAACGGCUACAGAGUCAAAUGUUCCCUCAGAAGUGCAGCACAAUUUUUUAAAAAUACACUCGGAAUAAACGACAGACCAAUUGCUACAGCAUUAUCAAAAAAAACAGAGACGGGUUUUGUACUGGAAGAUAUGCGAAGGAAACAUGGUAACCAAUGCACUGUGGAACCUGAAGUCUAUGAUAGUGUCAAACAAUUUAUUAAUGCCAUACCACGGAUCGAAUCACAUUAUCUUAGAGCCAAGACAUCACGGGAGUACAUUCAGUGUGAUAAAUCUUUAGCCGACUUAUACCGUGACUACAAAGAAAAUCGUACAAAAGAAAACCUACCAUCUGCUUCUGCAUCUACUUUUAACCGCAUUUUUAAUAAAGAAUUUAAUAUUUCCUUCCAUACGCCAAAGAAAGAUCAGUGUGAUCUCUGCGAAAGUUAUAAAAAUGCUGACGAAGAAGGAAAACAAAGGAUUUUUAUAAUUUACGAAAAUCACUUGAAAGAAAAAGAAUUGUCCAGAAGAGAGAAAGAAAUAGAUAAAGCCAGGGUAGACAACACAAUUGUCGCUGUCUAUGACUUACAGGCUGUAAUGACCGAUACCAAAGGGUCAAAUUUCUUUAUUUUAUUACAAAAGUAG